AUGAAGAUUACUGCCCUCCCACUUCUGCUCGCUGCCGCUAGUGCCACUCCUCUCGAGACCCGCGCUAGCGGUGUCCAGGGCUUCGAUAUCUCCAGCUACCAAGGCACGGUGGACUUUGCUGGUGCAUACAGUUCGGGUGCACGUUUCGUCAUGAUCAAGGCGACCGAGGGCAUCACAUACACCGACAAGACGUUCUCGAGUCACUAUCAGGGUGCAUCUUCCGCUGGCUUGAUCCGCGGAGGAUAUCAUUUCGCUCAUCCUGACAGCUCGUCUGGAGCCAAACAGGCUGAAUACUUCCUUGCCCAUGGUGGUGGCUGGUCCAACGAUGGCAAGACCCUACCCGGCAUGCUGGACAUUGAAUACAACCCGUCCGGCGCAACUUGCUAUGGGAUCAGCAAGUCUGCCAUGGUGGCCUGGGUCAAGGACUUUGGUGAAACCUACAAGAGCAAGACUGGCCGUUACCCCAUGAUCUACACGACCGCAGACUGGUGGAAUACCUGCACUGGAGGCAGCACAGCUUUCAGCAAGGAUUACCCCUUGGUGUUGGCUCGGUACAGCACCUCUGUGGGCACCAUCCCCGGUGGUUGGUCAUAUCAGAGCUUCUGGCAGAACUCGGACAAGUAUACUUAUGGUGGUGAUUCGGACCUGUGGAAUGGCAGCGAGGCCUCUCUCAAGACAUUCGCCAAGGGUGCUUAA